AUGUAUUUCUGGAUUGAAAGAGUGAGCAUUGGCAAGGAUGAAGGUAUACAGGUUUGGGCUUGGGAGGCGGGAGGAGGAGUGGUAUCCAUGGUGAAAUCAGAGGGAACUGUGAUGGGCGGUGAUUUUUGGGGGAGGGGGUGGAGGCGGCGUCCACUGGCGAUAGGAGUCUCCCAAGUGCGAAAGGAACUAAAACAGGGCCUCCAGCGGCGGCGGCAACCGGGCGGCGGCGAGGAACGGGCGGUGGGCUUCGGCGGCAACCGGGUGGGGGCGGACACCAGGAGGCGGCGACCGGGCGGCAGCAGCGGGGGCGGCGGAGGCGGCGGCGGCGGCGGCGGCGGCAAACACCGGGCGGCGGCAAACACCGAGAGGAUGUGA